UGAAACAAGAUGGCAUCCUCUUCGAAAGUAGUUCUCUCAGGGAUGAAGUUUCUCAUGGGUCUAGUGUUUGUUGGGUGGCUAACGAUAUGGGUUGUCAUGCCAACUAAUACUUACAGGAAUGGAUGGUCACCAAAGCUUCGUUCUGAUACUGCUUCUACGUACUUUGGAACACAAGGGACUAACAUUUUGGUCUACACUUUCCCUAUACUCUUCAUUGCUGUACUCGGUUGCUUCUAUCUCCACUUAGCAAAGAAAAGCAGUAGCUUUGCUCAAAGUGGUGUUUUGAGUAGCCAAUAUUUACAAGCAUGGAAAAGGCCUUUGCUCUUGAAGGGACCUCAAGGAAUUGUCUCUGCAAUAGAGUUAACAUUUAGCUUGAUGUUUCUUGCACUCCUACUCUGGUCUUUCUCCACCUACUUAGUCACUAGCUUUGACAGAAUCACUCCAGAGUCUGCCAAACAAGAUGGACAACAAAUAUGGAUGGCAAAGUUAGACAGUGCAGCCUUGAGAUUAGGAUUGAUAGGAAACCUCUGCUGUGCUUUCCUCUUCUUUCCAGUGACCAGAAUGUCAUCACUUUUGCCUCUUGUUGGCCUAACGUCAGAGGCAAGCAUCAAGUAUCAUGUGUGGCUUGGCCAUGUUGUCAUGCUUCUCUUCAGUGCACACGGACUUUGUUACAUCAUUCUAUGGGCUGCAACAAGUGAACUCUCUAAUAUGCUGGAAUGGGAUGCAAUUGGAAUCUCUAUUGUGGCUGGAGAACUAGCUUUGAUUUCCGGUUUAUUUAUGUGGGUGACAACAUAUCCUCGCAUACGGCGCAAGUUUUUCGAGCUCUUCUUCUACACUCAUCAGCUCUACAUCCUCUUUCUCUUCUUCUUCCUUCUCCAUGUUGGCAUUGCCUUCUUUUGCCUUAUCCUCCCUGGUGUCUAUCUCUUUUUAUUGGAUCGAUAUCUUCGGUUCUUGCAAUCAAGACGAAGCGUAAGGCUUGUUUCUGCUCGGCUCUUACCUUCAGACACGGUGGAGCUGAACUUCUCCAAGAGUUCAGGAACAAGUUACCCGCCAUUGAGCACAGUGUUUAUCAAUGUACCAAGUGUUUCAUCACUACAAUGGCACCCUUUCACCAUAAGCUCAAGCAGCAACUUGGAACCUGAGAAGCUGAGCAUCAUCAUCAAGAAGGAAGGAAGCUGGACUCAGAAACUAUCUCAAAUACUCUCUUCGCCUCUUGAUCGCCUUGAUGUUUCUGUUGAAGGACCAUAUGGUCCUUCUUCAUCUAGCUUCCUAAGAUAUAAUUCUUUAGUGUUGGUGAGUGGUGGAAGUGGAAUAACUCCCUUCAUAGCAAUAAUAAGAGAGCUUAUCUUUAGAAGCACAACACUUGGCAGCAAAACACCUAGCAUUCUACUUGUUUGCUCAUUCAAGACAACAGCUGACCUUAUGAUGCUCGACCUUCUCCUCCCGAUCACUGGUAACGUCUCCGACCUCUCCCGUCUUCAGCUAAAGGUUGAGGCAUUCAUAACAAGAGAGAAAGCACCCUCUUCCAACUCAAAGAACAUCAUAAGAACUAUAUGGUUCAAGCCUAUUCCUUCAGACAUGCCAGUGGCUCAUGUUCUUGGUCCUAACAGUUGGUUAUGGCUAGGUGCAGUCAUUGCAACAUCUUUCAUUGCAUUCCUUGUUCUCAUGGGUAUUUGCACACGUUACUAUAUUUAUCCUAUUGAUCAUAACACCAAUGAGAUCUUUUCUUAUUCUAAGAGGGCAAUGCUCAACUUGAUCUUCAUCAUUGUCUCCAUUGCUGCAACUGCUAGUUCUGCUGUUAUGUGGAACAAGAAAAUGAGCUCCAUGGAACUUAAACAGAUACAGAGCAUGGAUGCACCGACACCAGCUGCCUCGCCGAGCUCUUGGUUCUUUAAUGCUGAUAGAGAGCUUGAAAGUGUUCCUCAUGAGUCUAUUGUGCAGGCCACCAAUGUGCACUUAGGCGAGAGGGCAGACCUUAAAAGGAUAUUGUUGGAAUGCAAAGAACCGAACACUGGAGUGAUGGCCAGUGGUCCUCGAGGGCUUCGACAUAACGUUGCAAGUGUUUGUUCAUCUGGGCUGGCGGAUAAUCUCCAUUUUGAAUCCAUUAGCUUCAGCUGGUGAUGCUGUCUGCUUGUUUAUGGUGUGGUGAACAGCUUUGUUUUCUUGAACCUGGACAUAGAGGCCUGUAUGCUUCACAUAUAUGUGAAAAAUUGUGGAAUAAAAACUGAUGAUCAGUUAUGUGUGAAAUACCAUAUAGAUAUUUUUCUGGUUCGUCUCAUCAGAACCAUUUUUCACUAG